UUUGUUUUCUGUAUCAAAAAACAGAAGAGAGCCCAGUUUUUUUUUUUGGUCAGUCUCUCCUUCUUCUUCGUACGUUAACAUUUUUCUCAGCUUAGCAGUAGAACAACAUUAAAUUCAAAAUCUUUCCUAAAAUGGGUUUAUAAUGCGGUUUCGUAUCUAACGCUGUCUCUUUCAGCGUGAACGCACGCGCUCUCUCCUUGUCUUUCUCUAACAGUCACAGUAGGUGGGCUCGCUCGAGCUCUCUUCUUUGGAAUUAGGAGACAAAAACUCAAAGGCAAGGCAAGGCAAGGCUUUCUCUCAUUGAGAUUGACCGUACAAAAUUUGCAUGCUUUAUUUCUCUCUUGUGAAAAUGCCAGAGAUUCAGCUUGGUGCUCAUACCAUAAGAUCUCAUGGAGUUAAAGUUUUGAGAAGUUAUAUGCAUGACUGGCUGAUACUCAUUCUUCUUGUGGCUUUGGAUGCUGGUCUGAACUUAAUAGAACCUUUUCACCGAUUUGUUGGAGAGGACAUGAUGACUGACCUCAAGUACCCUUUGCAAGGCAAUACAGUUCCUUUCUGGGGUGUUCCUAUAAUUGCUGUUUUGUUGCCACUAAUUGUGAUCAUAGUUUACUAUUUUAUCAGAAGAGAUGUUUAUGAUUUGCACCAUGCCAUAUUAGGUCUUCUAUUCUCUGUGUUUAUAACUGCGGUUUUAACUGAUGCAAUCAAAGAUGGCGUUGGCCGACCACGUCCUGACUUCUUUUGGCGGUGUUUUCCCAAUGGCAAAGGGGUGUUCGAUCCUGUUACAAAGAAUGUCAUGUGUACUGGAAACAAGGCUAUCAUCAAGGAAGGACACAAAAGCUUUCCGAGCGGGCAUACUUCCUGGUCAUUUGCAGGUCUUAAUUUCCUUGCAUUGUACUUAUCAGGGAAAAUCAGAGUGUUUGAUCGUAAGGGUCAUGUUGCGAAGCUCUGUAUUAUUUUCUUACCUCUACUUGUUGCAUCACUAGUGGCAGUCUCUCGUGUCGAUGACUAUUGGCACCAUUGGCAGGAUGUUUUUGCUGGAAGUAUCAUAGGACUUGCUGUGUCUUCAUUUUGUUACUUGCAAUUCUUUCCACCCCCAUAUGAUGUAGAUGGUUGGGGGCCUUUUGCUUACUUCCAGAUGCUCGCGGACUCUCAAAAUAUCGAUCAAUCUACAUCCAACACAGAGAACGCUCUCACCGUGCGCCAACCACAGCUUGAAAGUAUAUGCAUCCAACCACAACACGGCAUGGAUGGUUUGGAAUAUGGUAGAAGAAACUGAUUUUUUUCGAAUUUUCCUUCUUUUUUACAGUAGAGAAUAAUAGAAUUAUGACUAGUUGUGCAUUCUUAUGAUCUUGUGGGAUGUUUGGAUUUCAUCAAACUCUCUUUCUCUGAACUUGAUGAACUUAGAUUUCCAACAUGGUUUUAACCUUUAGUGUAGUCUUAUUCAUUUGAUUUGUUCGGUUUGUGGUAGGGUUUGCAGUUGUUCAUAGGCAUAGGCUUGUUCUUAGUUCUGCUUUUUCCUUCUACAUUUUGCUGUUUGAAGUUUACACUCUCGUUUCUCAUAAUGUUUAGUAUGUUAUUUCUCAUUUUCUACCUUUGCGGGAAUGUAGGUCUGAUUAAUU